CGGAGAGUCGCGCUUUGGGGCGGGCGGCGCUCUAGGCCGCCUCUCUAUGGUGCGGGCGGUUGCUAGGCGGUGCGGGGCCUGGGCCUAGGCCGCGGCGGGUCGGCGCCGCCAUGGCCGCCUCGGCCUCCGGUGCCGCGGCGGCGGCGGGGGGAGGCCCGGCGGACGGGACGUGCGUGCUGUGUUGCGGAGAGCUGGAGGUGGUGGCGCUGGGCCGCUGCGACCACCCCAUCUGUUACCGGUGCUCGGUGCGGAUGCGGGCGCUGUGCGGCGUGCGGUACUGCGCGGUGUGCCGGGAGGAGCUGGGCCAGGUUGUCUUCGGACGCAAGCUUACAUCUUUCUCAACGAUAGCACUUAACCAGUUGCAGCAUGAGAAGAAAUACGACAUUUAUUUUACGGAUGGAGAUGUUUAUGCAAUGUACAGGAAGCUGCUGCAGCAUGAAUGCUCUUUGUGUCCAGAUGCGAAGCCGUUCAAUACCUUUGCGGAUCUGGAACAGCACAUGAGGAAGCAGCAUGAACUCUUCUGUUGCAAACUCUGUGUUAAACACUUAAAGAUUUUUACUUAUGAACGGAAGUGGUAUUCUCGUAAGGACCUCGCCCGUCAUCGAAUCCACGGGGAUCCAGACGACACCUCUCACCGCGGGCAUCCCCUCUGUAAAUUUUGCGACGAGCGUUAUUUGGAUAAUGACGAGUUACUGAAACACCUAAGACGAGAUCAUUAUUUUUGUCAUUUCUGUGACUCUGAUGGUGCUCAGGAAUACUACAGCGAUUACGAAUACCUUCGUGAACACUUCCGUGAGAAGCACUUCCUUUGCGAAGAGGGGCGGUGCAGCACAGAGCAGUUUACCCAUGCUUUCCGCACAGAAAUAGAUUAUAAAGCACACAAGACAGCCUGCCACAGCAAGAACAGGGCAGAGGCCAGGCAGAACCGGCAGAUAGACCUUCAGUUUAACUAUGCUCCUAGGCACCAGAGGAGGAGUGAGGGUGUUAUAGGUGGAGAGGACUAUGAAGAAGUUGACAGGUAUAACAGGCAAGGGAGGUCGGGCAGAUUGGGCGGCCGAGGAAGUCAGCAAAACAGAAGAGGCAGCUGGAGGUAUAAGAGGGAAGAAGAAGACCGGGACGUUGCAGCAGCAGUCAGGGCAUCUGUAGCAGCUAAACGGCAAGAAGAGAAAAAACGCGUAGAAGACAAAGAGGACGGUGGCGGCAGCAGAGGUAAAAAGGAGGACUUGAGGGAUUCUGAAGUGCUGAGCUCCAAACGUGUGCCAAAAUCUUCAAACGACGCUACAGCAGCUGCUAACGGUGCUUUAAGCCAAGAUGACUUUCCAGCAAUCGGUUCAGCGGCGGGACCUCUGCAAGGCUCUGCCCCGCUAGCAGCGGUUAAGCUUAAAGAAGAAGAUUUCCCGAGCUUGUCAUCCUCUGCAGCACCCACCAUCUCCUCUGGCAUGUCUUUGACAUAUACAGCGACUGCAAAGAAAACGGCUUUCCAAGAGGAGGAUUUUCCAGCUCUGGUGUCCAAAAUGAGGCCUAACAAUAAAACAGUGACUAACAUCACCUCUGCGUGGAACAAUGGCUCCGGUAAAAACGUGGUCAAAGCCAUGAGCAACCCCUGCGUAAACCAGGUAGCCAAAAAACCAUCCUCCUUGAAUAGCACUAAAGGAAGCAAGAAGAGCAAUAAACUCUGUCAGUCAGACGAUGAAGACGGCGGUAGCGGCUUGACAACCCAGGAGAUCAGAAACACGCCAACAAUGUUUGACGUAUCGUCCUUGCUGGCGGCUUCUACCUCACAAACUUUCACGAAAGUGAGCAAGAAAAAGAAGGUGGGGGUUGAGAAGCAGAGUCUAUCGUCCCCACACCCGUUACAGGAGACAUCGUUUCCCAGGGCAUCGACUGAAAAGCUGCCAGAAGCGGAGCAGACGUCAAACGCGCCCUCCGCUCUUCACGCCCCCGACAGACCCGCAGCCGUCAUGAAUGGUCAUUCGGAAAAAUCGUUAGCGAUCUGCAGUACGCCCAAAGAGCCCCCUGGCCUUAAAAAGCCCGCAGUGACUAACAAAUGCCCUUUACCUCAGGAAGAUUUCCCAGCUCUUGGGAGCUCAGGACCAGCUCGAAUGCCGCCGCCACCAGGCUUUAACACUGUGGUGCUAUUAAAGAGCCCUCCUCCGCCUCCAGGACUGUCGGUGCCUGUCAGUAAACCCCCCCCAGGUUUUGCUGUUAUUCCAUCCACCAACCUCUCCGAACCUGUCACUACAUCUUUGAAAGAGCCAAAAUCCCGUCACGGAUCGUACUUGAUACCCGAAAACUUCCAGCAACGGAACAUUCAGCUGAUACAAUCUAUUAAAGAAUUUCUUCAAAGCGAUGAGUCCAAGUUCAAUAAAUUUAAAACUCAUUCUGGGCAGUUCAGACAGGGUCUGAUAUCUGCGGCUCAGUAUUACAAAAGUUGCCGAGAACUGCUUGGAGAUAACUUCAAGAAAAUUUUUAAUGAGUUGUUGGUGUUGUUGCCGGACACAGUUAAGCAACAAGAACUGCUCUCUGCUCACAACGAUUUCCGAAUCAAAGAAAAACAAAGCUCAAACAAAUCCAAAAAGAACAAAAAGAACGCUUGGCAGACAGACUCCAACUCUGAUCUCGACUGCUGUAUCUGCCCGACGUGUAAGCAAGUGCUGACUCAGCAGGACGUUGUCACCCACAAAGCUUUGCAUAUUGAGGAUGAGGAGUUCCCUUCCUUACAAGCGAUCAGCAGAAUCAUCAGUUAGCUUUCCUGAAGACCAAUAAAACAGUCUCUUGCCUAUGAAUAUGCACUUUUUGGAAUGAGGUUUGGCGGUGUGGCGUGGCUGAGAGCCGGGGCCGGCUGAGUAGUCGGGUAACCAUCGGCGAGCCCUCUCAGUGCCGUUCGUAAAUACUGCGCAAAGGGAUCACUGGACUGCGCCGUAGCUAACGAGCAUCCAAAGUCUGAGCUUCCCAAACGCCUGAGUAGAAGUAGGCUGAAAUGGCAGGGCGGGCAGGCGGGGGCCACCUUUCUCCUGUAACAUGCAAUAGCUGAGAAAAUCCUUUCUGAUCUGAAGACCGAUAGGGGACACAAUAUGGGAAUAACCACCUGGUUCGGGGUUUUUCUUUCUUUUUUUCUGGGGGGGUGGGGGGUGGGAGAAGAUGAUGAAUCACUGAAACGAACGGAAGCAGAACUGCCUUCCCUUAUAAUAUUCUGAUUUUUCUGUGUGUGUGCUAUUUCUGUGACCACGGAGAUCGCAGUAGUCAGGGGUACAAAGGUGCAGGAAAGAUGCUACUCGCUGCCGAGACCGUUACGGCGGCGUGUCUGUAAGCGUGGGGCUGCUGAUAGAGCAAAGACUAUUCCUGUCCGAGAACGGAAUUAAUUCUACUACUUGAAGAAUGGGACUGAUCUGUGUGAUUAGUUGACCGUGAGAUUUGAAGUUGCCUCUGACCUUUUCUGUAACGUGUUCUUUAAAGAGACUUAUUUUGUAGCACUGCAUGUAGAAUAAUAACGUUAAGGCUUUACUUCCUGUAAAGCACACUUCACCGUAAUUUUAUUUAAUGACUGCCAUGUUUCUAAUUUCUUGGAUGUAUUACUGGUGGUAGCUCCAAACAACAGCACGUUGGGACAUUAAAUGCUGCUGAUCGCUGA